AUGCAUCUUUGGGGGACAGACGGUCGAGGAGCAGGAGCGGGUGCUGUCCGAAGCCAAGGGCCAGCAGGAGAGGGUUGUCAUCCUGGGACGGAUGUCGUUGAGUCCAGCGUGACGAUCCCCGACGUGGACUUGGUCAUCGACACCUGCGAGCAGAAGCGGCUCCGCUGGGAUGGCGGUAAGAACCAGAGCCUCCUGACCUUGGUCCUGGUGAGCCAAGACGAGGCCAGGCAGCGCUCCGGCCGCACCGGGCGGGUGCGCGACGGGGAGGUGAUCCGCCUCAUCAGCAGGGAGUGCUUCGAGCGCCUGCCGCCCCACGCGGAGCCGCAGAUCAAGCACAGCAGGUUGGAGGACCUUCUCCUGUCCAUCUUCGAGCUGCCGAACCUGGGCGAUCCGCGGGAGUUUUUGCAGAAGAUGCCAGACCCGCCUUCAGCAGUCCGAGUGGAUCAAGCCAUCACCAGGCUCAUGGAGCUGAAUGCCCUGGCGAAGAUGAAGGGCCAGAGCCAGCCGAAGCCCACGUUCUUCGGGCGGUUUCUGCAGAAGAUGCCCCUUGACCCCGACGUCGGCUUCCUGGUCAUGAGCGGGGUGCGGCUUCAGCUGGUGAAGGACUGCGCCAUCUUGGCUGCCGUGCAUCAGCGAGGCGAUCCCUUCGUGGACAGCAUGGACUUGAGCCCGCGGGAGGUGCAAUGGCUUUGGGAGGUGCGAGACGUCUGCAGCCCGGGCCGUGGGCAAGAGAGAGAUCGCGCCUUGCCCGGCGACCUCAUGGCCGGUCUGGGUGCCUACAACGCCUGGCAGGCCAAGGCAAAGAAUCAGCUGCGCUGGGGCGCCGUCUGGAGCAUCCAGGAGGAAGCCCAGUGGUGCGCGGAGCACUUCCUGAGCCUCGAGCGGCUGCAUGAGCUCGAGGAGAUGGUAGUUCAGAUCCACGAUGUGUUGGAAGGUCUGGGGUAUGCCGAUGCUCUUCCUCAAUCAGAGAAGGAUCGGGUGAGGCUCAGGCGCCAGGAGAAAGUGAACUUGAAGGCCGUGAGGACUCGACCGCAGCAGAGCGCGUCGCAAGACUUCGCCACCCUUUUGCGAAAUCGACAGGAUCGUGACACUCAGCUCUUGCUGGCUUGGUGCAUUGCUGCCAGCUUCACCAGUGGCCUCAUUGAGGUCAAGAAUGGCUCCAGCACAGAGCAGUUGAAGUACAAGGCCAAAGCACAUCGCUCGCAGGAGAUCGGCAACCUUCUCUCCGCGCAAGGCCUGCGGGUGACGAAUGCUCGCACGCUGAAUAAGGGCGAUGUCGAGGUGACCUUCCAGAGUCCAGAGGAAGCCCACAAGGCAUUUCAGCAAGCCUCGAUGCUCAACAACAACCUGAUGCCCUUCAGAUCUGCGGACCCCUGGGGCAGACCCAACCAGCGCACGUCCUUGCACCCGCGCAAGUGCUACGAGGGACCCACAAUGAGGAUCCUUCCGUCCUCGCAGGCAUGGCUGCCACCCACAGAAGAUGCGGUGAUUGUGGCUGGCGAUGUCAUGGCCAUCAUGAACCACAAGCGGACUGCGAUGACGUAUUUCUGCACCAAGUGCAGCACGGUACCCACGGGCAUCGUCCCUUUGAUCUUGUGCGCGACGUAUCCGGCAGCCCAGGUCACCAAGCAGGGUGGAGUGUGGCUGGUAAGCACACUCAUCCACGGGCAGCGGCAGGACGAGAGGUUCUCAGCGCCUCCCGAGAAGGUGGGCAGAUUACUCGAAAGCAUCAGGGACAAGAUGGACGCUGAGUUUGGCUUCAAGCAAGCAGAAAGGCAACGCAUCGUGGAGGAGAGACGGCGCAAUGUUCUCGAGCUCAUGCGGCUGUUAGAUCGGUCUGACGCCGUGCCUCCGAUGCGGUCUCUGGAUCAGAAGCAGGCCAGAGCGCGUGCUGGAGGUGGAAGCAAUGUGUUUAUGGACGCGGACGUGUCGUCUCUGGUGAAUUUGUUGGCCAACAACUUGGAGAACUUCCGCUUGUGA